UCUGUGAUCUUUGUGAUAUGACUUUCUUUAAGCACGUACUGAUGAAACUGUCACUUAAUAUUUUUUUCUUAAAGUCUAUAAACGCUCUACAUUUAUUCACUCUGUGAUAGGGUUGGAUCCUAUAUGCUACUUUUAUUAUUGUCCUGUAAAUGGUUCAGUGCCUAGAAUUUAGGCUGUGUGUAGAAUGGGGCAUAAAGGAAAUUACUAGAUUAUAGUGAUAAGGAAAACAGCAUACAGUUUUGGCCUGGGUAUUCACUUGCCUAUAACUAAUCAGAAUUCCAUUAUGUUUACAUAAAGAAGAGAAUACUUCAAAAUGAGAAGAUCCUGCCAUGGAAAAGACGACUGGGUGGACAGGAAGUGUAGAAGAGGGGAAAUAACUCACAACAUGCAGCAGGACACCUUCAGCUGCGGGGUCUUUGUAAUGCAGAUGGCCAAGGAAGUUGCACAGAACUUCCCCAACAUCCACUCCCAAAUUGAUAAGGAACCUUCACAAAAACACAUGGAGCAACUGCGAAAAGAAAUGGCUGAGGAUAUACUAAAAAUGUCUGGCCGGUGGUGGCUGGUCCACUCCAGGAGUCUGAGGUGCGGGAGGUUCCUCCACCCCUUCUGGACACCGAGGGGGCCCCGGCGUAUGCUGUUCGAGCCAUCCUGGACUCAAGGUGUCUUCAGUACCUCGUGGAGUGGGAGGGGUACGGUCCGGAGGAGACAUUCUGGGUGGAGGACGUCUUGGACCCUUCGUUGCUGCGGGAGUCACCGGCCUUCUAGCCAUCGCCGAUCCACUUUUCAUUUUCCAUUUGUGUUGUCUUUGUCUUACACACCUGGUUUCAGUUCCCCAAUUACUUGUUCAUUAUUUAACCCUCUGUUCCCCCAUGUUUGUCAGUUUGAGUAAUUGUUUAUUGUAAUGCGGUCCGCAUUUGUGGCCUUGUAUUUAUUACGACGUGUAUUGUUAUAUUAUUGAGUAAAAUUGCUUUCAU